GAGCUGCCGUUACAAAGGUGUCGAGUUGAGGGAAAUCUCAAGCCACGUGUGACAUCAAGAUCAAGAUCAAAAUUCGUCCAUGUAAACAAGAGCUAUGGCGUUACUGAGGCAGGCAUUGUCCCUGAGCCUUAAGGCUGCGGCUACUGAAACACCUCCAUUGCUCAAUAACUGUGCUGGUUGGUUCACUAGUGUUAGAAAUGCCAGCAAGAAGGCAGGAGGCAGUAGUAGAAACACAAAAGGCAGAGCAAGAGGUAAAGGCAGGGGUGCCAAGAGACUAGAUGGGGACUGGGUCCCUCAAGGAUGCAUCAUUAUGCGCCAACUCGGCCUGGACUUUCUUCCUGGCUUAAAUGUUGGAAUUGGGAGAGAUAGGACCCUCUAUGCCAAGUACCACGGUGUUGUGAUGAUGACAACUGAAAAAGUGGACCCUAAUUGGGAUCACAAAAUUGUGAAGCGUUUCAAAGGUCUCAUUCAAGCAGAUGAAGGUGCACCCAUCUACAAAACUUAUUACCAUGUCUUAACAGAACCUCAAAAAAAUAAUUUCAAACUUGUUGAUCAGAUUUAAAUGUUGUAUCAUCAUUAAUGACUUGCUCAGUUUUCAAUCAUGGUGAGCAGUUAUAAGAAUCAGUUGACCCUCUUGAAAAAUAUCACUGGAUAGUAGGCUAGUUGUGACCACAGCACAGCACACCCAUCUAUAAAAGGCAUUGGUAACAUUAACAUUAAAUGUUUAAUGAAUAUCGAGUAGACAGACACAAGAGCCCUUGUACUCAAAACUCUCAUGGUCCACGCGCAGCUAUGGCAUAUGCUUCCAAAUGGUAGUAUCAAUAAUUUUUAUUAACUAGCAGAAGAAUGCAAACAGAUUCACAAAGCUUACCAACAAAUAGCUGUUUGCCAAGCUAUGCUAAACAGAGCUGAAAAACAACAUAUACAAUGGUGUAUUUACUAAAAUUCCUCCAGAUCAGCAGCAAUAUCAAUUGUAUGGUCAUUGUUUUAUUGAUCAUCAUAAUGGUACAUGAAAAUCAAAUCUAUAUUUUAAAUAAGCAGUCAUAACCAGGGAUAGUGAUUCUUGGCAUUGACAAAGUCUAGGUAUCACUUACUGAUAGAAUUGGUAAUAAAUAAGGCCAUAGGCUAAUAGAUUGACCCACUCAGUAAAGACUAAUGGCCUGCUGAUCCAUGGUGGACCUGUUUUGCCCUUGACUCCUAUUUCCAAGUUGUUUUAGUUUAUCAUCGUAAUAAUUAAUAAAACUAAGGUAAUACUAUAAAGAUAUUACACAACAAGCUUCUCAUGAGUAUCAGCCAUAAUUACAAUUGCUAGAAUACUGUUCUCUUUAGGGUAAGUGUGCACAAUAUAACCAAUGGGCUUUAGCGAUGUGCAUCUUCAUAUGAAUUCACAGCAUUGCAAAUUAGACCUUAGGCUGUAUGAAUCAUUUGUUGUAUAUCUAUUGAUCAUUAUUCUAGCAAGGGUGAUUAAAGAUUGUAUUACAUGAGAAGGUACAUGUUUAUUAGCUUCACACAGUAUCACCUUAGUCAUCUAUUAAUAUUUGUCCAGUUACCACAGUUAGUAUCUCUUGAUAAAUUCAGCUUUACUAUAUCAAUUGCAAUGUCUUCUUUGCCAGUAAAUGCUUCAAUGUGAUGGACAUUACUGUUCUUGAUCUGUCUUUGUCAUGGCUAACAUCUACUUGCUCUGAGGGUGAAAAUCCUCCCUAGCACUUCCACCUUCACAGUGCUGUUAAGGCCUCACCAAGUUUCAUGUAGACACUAUUGGUACUUAACAGCUGAAAGAUACUUAAAAGGAACUUGUUAACCUUAACAGAGAUGAUAGGGUUUACAAGUUUUGUGUAUAUGGACCCAGAUUGCUGUCAAUUAACGACUCCAUAAAUUAUGCUAUAUAUCAUCUGUUUGUGUUUAGUGUUGCCAUGAGCUGGAUGGUGUCUGUUCUUGUGCACAUCAUGCCUUAUAUAUUUUGGAGCCUUUUGGUUUGCAUUCACUGGCCAUGAAUAAUUAGCCAGUCAAGAGAGGUGUGUGUGUGUGUGUGUGUGUGUGUGUGUGUGUACAUAGUUGAUUGUUUUCUUUAGUAGUGCUGUAUAAGUGCAACAAUUUAUAUAAAAUUUUGAGAUGAAA